GCAGACGUUUGUGUGACUGGAGUCUCCAGGUUCGUCCCGUGCUCCUCCAGCACCUCGUCAUAUCCAUACCUCGCAUACUGCUCACACGACACCCGUAUCUUCAUCAUCUUCUUCAGCACAAUGCUCACUCGCACUGCGCUACAGCGCGCUGCUGCAGCUCCUCUCCGCAAAGCCUGCACCCAGCAAUCAAUCCGCGCCGCGUCCGUCUGGUCGCAAGUCCCCCAAGGUCCGCCCGAUGCCAUCCUUGGCAUCACCGAGGCCUUCAAGAAAGACAGCGCCUCCAACAAGAUCAACCUCGGCGUUGGUGCGUACCGUGACGACAAAGGCAAGCCGUAUGUCUUGCCGUCCGUGAAGCAGGCCGAGCAGAAGAUCUUGUCUCAGAAUCUUGACAAGGAAUAUGCCGGAAUCACCGGUGUACCCGACUUUACCAAGGCCGCUGCCCUGCUUGCCUAUGGACCUGACAGCAAACCGCUGAAGGAAGGUCGAGUCGCCAUCACUCAGACCAUUUCCGGCACUGGCGCAUUACGGAUAGGCGGUGCCUUCCUUCAGCGCUUCUAUCCGGGGUCGAAGACAAUCUACAUUCCUACUCCUUCAUGGGCGAACCACAAAGCUGUCUUCUCAGACAGUGGGCUAGAAGUCAAGCAAUACCGCUACUACAACAAGGACACCAUUGGCCUUGACUUUGAUGGCAUGGUUGAGGACAUCAAGAAUAUGCCGUCAGGCAGCAUGGUACUUCUUCACGCCUGCGCCCACAACCCCACUGGAGUCGACCCGACCCAUGAACAAUGGAGAGCGAUCAGCGAUGCAGUGCAGUCAGGUGGCCACUAUCCAUUCUUUGACAUGGCAUACCAAGGCUUCGCUUCCGGCGACACCGAUUACGACGCUUAUGCCGUGCGGUACUUUGUCGAGCAAGGUCAUACGCCUUGCCUGUCGCAAUCGUUCGCCAAGAACAUGGGCCUCUAUGGCGAGCGUGUCGGCGCAUUCAGCAUUGUCACGGCCUCGCCUGAGGAGAAGGCUCGUGUCGACUCGCAGAUCAAGAUCCUUGUAAGGCCGCUGUACUCCAACCCUCCGGUACAUGGUGCACGCAUUGCAUCGACCAUUCUCAAUGAUCCAAGCCUGAACAAGCAGUGGCUAGGUGAAGUGAAGGGUAUGGCGGACCGCAUCAUCCAGAUGCGUGCCUUACUCAAGGAGAACCUGGAGAAGCUAGGAAGCAAGCAUCAGUGGAACCACAUCACCGACCAGAUCGGCAUGUUCGCGUAUACCGGCCUUACCGCAGAGCAGAUGUCCAAGCUCGCUGAGGAACACUCCGUGUACGCCACCAAGGAUGGUCGUAUAAGCGUCGCUGGUAUCACUACGGACAAUGUGGGAAGGCUUGCCGAGGCAAUAUACAAGGUUACAGGAUAAGUGGCCGAAGAUUGGUCGAUCGUGCUGGACUCGAACGCUUGGGUAAAGGUGGAGGACCCGCUCUGGUCUUGCGGCGUAGCAUCGCAGAGCUCGUGAAGAGUUGAGGGGUGGACUCUUCGAUCGGCCUGCUGGAAGCUUUGUGGCGACUGAUUGAUGGUUUAAUGUAUUCACGUUGCAUGUACUAACGUCGCUUCUGUGGAGCAGAGGUGGGACAUGGUGUGUUACGGCCAAGCUCGGAAUGGAGGCUGUAGCUGUAGUCAUUAGCAUUACUGUAGUGUUGAUAAUUCUUGAUACCGCUUGCUGAUGUGGUUUAGCGGCAGAGGUGUCUAUUGUGGGUUGAUCCAGGUGGUCCCGGCUAGUGUUUCCAUGCUUGCCUGUCUUCGGCAGGAGCACCGAUCGACGUCAUGUGCACUCGUGCGG